AUGAAGGAUGAUAAAAUUUAUACAAGGAAGACAUGCAGUUCACCAAAUUACAGGGAGCUGAGGAUCGUAAUAGCAGAUGAAGUUGAACAGAGAAAAAAUCUAAUUCCAGGGUAUGAGGAUACACCCAAAGAAAAAGGAUUCAAACUUGUCUUCGGGAAGCAAAGGUUGCAUCAGGCAACUAAAGCAAUUAAUUUGUUCAACCAGAUGUACAGUCGAGUUGGUGCAUCUCAGAAGCAAUUGCAAAGCCCACGGAAGCAAUGGCAAGCACCUCCACGCCUGAACAAUCGUUGUUCAGUUCAAGUUACCCUUGGUUUAAUGCUCACUGUUUUUCUACUUGUGAUGGUCAAGUUGGUCUUUGGAUUUGAUCAUCGUUGGCCCAAAGAGGAUGAAGGAGAUUUCAGCCACCCUCCGUUGGCCUCUUCUAUAUCUAACCUUGAUCCGAUCCCACCAUGUCUUGUUUAUCUCUCUCUUUCUCUCCAACCUGCCAAUGGAUUUGACAUCCUCCUUCAAACCUAAGAAUGAUUUUUGCCUGCCCAGGCCCUCGUCACCUUCUCAUCCUUCCGCCAGACCCUCCUAGUUUUCGCCGCCGCCAAGCAACAACAUCCCCACACCACCAAAGAUAAUUCUUACAUCCACGCCGACUCUUCCUCCGAUGCCACCGCUGACCCUAUCACCUCCCUUAGUGACAGCCCACUUGUUGCCUCAAGUGGCCAGCUCAUUGUCGGUAUAUAUUGGGUCGUCUACCGUCUAGUCAAGUCUAUCUACGUCCUCGACGUCACCAUCGUCGAUCACGACAACUUGAUCAACAUUUUUGAGUGCAUCCACAUCGUCAACCAGGCCGUCAGUGUCAUCGUCACUACUUGUCGCAGCAACGAUGUUACUCAAAAAAAGCUGAGUCGAAAGUACGCCGAGAUCUACAUGGCUCUCAACAUUGUUCUGAGAGGUAUUAGUAAUAUUUGAUUGGCGGUGAUGCUUUCGUCGAUGCACGGUAAUGGCAUUGCCAAGAUGGUGCACUCGGCGUUGGACACCGAUAACAAACUGUGGGCGGAGAAUUUGAGGGCGGUGAAGGCGCUUUCAGUCGAACAUGAGGCGGGCAUUGUGGCUUUCAACAAUUUAGGGUUUGAAUUGCUGCUAGAGACGAUCACGGCUGGUGAGGUGGCGACAAGCUUGGCACUGGUGGUACAGAUUGAGGAGGAGGAUCAAAAGUUGGAGAAUGAGGAAGAAAGCCAAGCUGAGAAUGAUCUAUUUGCGGCGAACAAGAAGAUUAAUCAGCCUGAAGAGCUGGUAAGUGGGUUUAAUAAGAACAAGGAUCAUUCUGCCAUAGACUUAACAAUGGCGUUGGCGACGCUUGAAGUGAUGACAUUGCCUCCGGCAGAGGCGACCCAGAGUACCCAUAUUGCGGUGGAAGGGUUUGAAGGGCAGUAUGGUGGUAUUGAGUUUGGGAAUGACCAAGCUUCAUCGGGUGAGACUUUUGAUAGGUUUAGUGAUGCCUAGGGCGGUGGCUUGGAUGCUUCUGAGUUUGUUGGAUCAAAGAAGGUUGCGAAGAAAGAAGGGCUUGGCGGGCUUGAAUUGUUGCAGACCAAGCCAAAUGCUCCGAAAACUGCAGAUGCAGCUACCGGUGGUGCAGCAGCAGGUACUCCUCUUGACACCCUUGUGAAAAGUGAAAUGAAGGGUCUUGAGAUGCACAUUGUUGAAGAGAUCAGUGCUGAGUUUAGAGAGACAUUGGUUGCUAUAGUAGGAUUAUUGGGUGUUGUUUAUUUAAAGACUUUGCCAACCAUUACUGGUGGUGAUAAAGAAAAUGAGUUUUCUUCAGGGAAUGGGUUGUUUCAUAUGAGGAUCGCAACCUCUGAUGAGCCUUUACCCAUUUUGAAGUAUAGUUUGGUGCUUAAGUUGACGCCAUUGCCCUUGAGGGUUUGUCUUAUGCAACGGCAUACAAGGAGCUUACUAUAUGUGAUGAUACAAUAUGUGUCAAACCCUGAGUUGCCAGCACCUUUAACUGAUGUGACAUUUGUUUUGAAACUCCCACUUGAUCUUACAUUGUUGAAGGUAUCACCCAAAGCUGUAUUAAGUAGGUUUGACAAAGAAUUGAAAUGGCAUAUCCUCGAGAUUCCGUUGAAUGGAUCUCCUGGUCGGUUGAGGGCAAGGAUACCUAUGGAUUCUAAUGAAGGAAAUGGCAGUAAGAGCGGUGUUUGUUUGCGGCCAGCUUUUGAGGGUAAUAUAGACUUUUAUGAGGUUAAUCGCAGGUAUGAGAGCGGUGUAUACAUGUGCAAUUGA